AUGAAGAGAGACAAAAAGGGGGGGCAUGCUAAUAAUCAGUCCACAGGCCUCGACUUUCCUGUCCAUUCGACACUGGCGAUCCUGAGAAACGAGGCGCUGGAAUUCUGGGACUGGAUCUACGAACACACGGGCACCGACAGCAAAGGCACUGGUUCCUAUACGGCCGAGCUCCAUAUCCUGGUGGAUGCCCGUGUCCUCUUCACGGCAGACCCAGAAAACACUAAAGCGAUCUUGACGACGCAAUUCCAGGACUUUGGCAAAGGCGAAGAGUUUCACAACGAAUGGUACGACUUCCUAGGUGACAGCAUUUUCACCACUGACGGGCAACAAUGGCAUAACUCGCGACAGCUCAUUCGCCCAAUGUUUGUCCGCGAGAAGGUCGCCGACUUGCCUUUGAUCGAGACUCAUGUCCGCAAAUUGAUAUCGUUGAUGGGCGCGGGGGAUGGAACCCCGAUCAUGUUGAACAAGUUGCUCUUCAGAUUCAGCCUUGAUGCUUCCACCCACUUCCUGUUCGGCCACAGCGUUGGCAGCUUGGACAAAGAGCAGUCGGAGUUCGCUGCUGCCUUUGACGAAGUCCAACGCGUCCAAUCCCUGGAAGGUCGCUUGGGGCCCCUGAAGCACUUCCGUAGCAAGAGGUCCUUCUAUGAAGGCUUAAAGACAAUGGAUCGUUUCAUUGAGCCUUUCAUCACCGAAGCAUUGUCAAUGACCCCGGAGGAGUUGGAGACCAAGUUGUCUCGCUCAGAUACCUUUAUCCACGCGCUGGCCCGAUACACAAGAGACCGAAAGGUGAUGCGCGACCAACUCACGGCAUUACUGUUGGCCGGCCGUGACACCACAGCGGGCACACUGUCCUGGGUCUUUCUCGAGCUGGCUAAGAAUCCCCGAGCAGUGGAGAAACUACGUGCCGAAAUCAAGGAAUUUUUGGGUGACGAUGGUCGACCACCGACUUAUGAGGAGAUCAAGGACAUGAAAUACCUCACAUACACCCUGAACGAAACCCUGCGUCUUUAUCCGGUAGUCCCUUUCAAUGUCCGAUCCGCACUUACCGACACUACAUUGCCUCGAGGUGGGGGCAAAGACGGCAAUGCACCGGUGGGGUGUCCAAAGGGUACGGUCAUAGGAUACAGCACUUUGUCGAUGCAGCGAAGGAGAGACCUAUAUCCGCCAAUCUCACCGUCGUUCCCUUAUGACCCACUGGAAUGGUGGCCGGAGCGCUGGGCAACAUGGACUCCUAAGGCGUGGAAUUUCAUCCCGUUCAAUGGCGGACCCAGAAUAUGCAUUGGACAGCAAUUUGCCCUGGUAGAAAUGGGAUAUACGAUAGUCAGGAUUCUGCAGGAAUUCGACCAGAUCGUUGAUUAUGGGAGCAAACGCAUCAUGCACGCAGAGAUUAUUCUGACUCCAGCGGAGGGUGUGAAGGUGGGAUUUCUCAAGGGCGAGAAAAAGACAGUGAAGGCUUGA